UAGAACGUUUAAGAAAAACUAGAAGAAAAGAAAAGCUCAAAAAAUUCUACUAUAAUUAUUUAUAAGAAAAUAAUAAGUUGGAACUAUGGAGGGAGACUGGAAGAGGAAGGAGUAAGGAAGAAGAUCCAAACUCCGAUUCGGAUUCAACUCAGUGGAGCUCACUUACUCACUCUCUCUGAUCCCAAUCAUACAACCUCGACGGAGCUAGGGUUUGGUAAUUUUGGAAAAUAAUGGCUUCCGUGUACAUCCCAGUUCAGAACUCGGAGGAGGAAGUCAGAGUGGUUCUCGAUCAGCUCCCCAGGGACGCUUCUGAUAUUCUAGACAUCCUUAAGGCCGAGCAAGCCCCUCUCGAUCUCUGGCUCAUUAUCGCGAGAGAGUACUUUAAACAAGGAAAACUUGAACAGUUCCGCCAAAUCUUGGAGGAAGGGUCCAGUCCUGAAAUUGACGAAUACUAUGCUGAUGUUAAAUACGAGAGAAUUGCAAUCUUGAAUGCUUUAGGGGCUUACUAUAGUUACCUUGGAAAAAUUGAGACUAAGCAAAGAGAAAAGGAGGAACACUUCAUUUUGGCAACCCAAUACUACAAUAAAGCGUCGAGAAUCGACAUGCAUGAGCCUUCUACUUGGGUUGGAAAAGGUCAGCUUUUAUUGGCCAAGGGUGAAGUAGAACAAGCAUUUUCCGCAUUCAAGAUUGUUUUGGAUGGAGACCGUGAUAAUGUUCCUGCUCUCUUGGGUCAGGCAUGUGUUCAGUUCAACCGUGGACGCUUUUCUGAUUCUUUGGACUUGUACAAGAGGGCUCUGAUAGUAUAUCCCAGUUGUCCUGCUGCUGUAAGACUUGGCAUAGGUCUCUGUCGUUAUAAGUUGGGUCAGCUUGAAAAAGCUCGGCAGGCAUUUCUGCGAGUUUUGCAGUUAGAUCCAGAAAAUGUUGAGGCUCUGGUAGCAUUGGCAAUUAUGGAUUUGAAUACGAAUGAAGCUACUGGAAUUAGAAAAGGAAUGGAGAAAAUGCAGAGAGCUUUUGAUAUAUAUCCUUACUGUGCAAUGGCACUAAAUUACUUAGCAAAUCACUUUUUCUUCACGGGCCAACACUUUUUGGUGGAGCAGCUCACUGAAACGGCACUUGCUGUUAGCAACCAUGGACCGACAAAGUCACACUCUUACUAUAAUUUAGCACGCUCAUACCAUAGCAAGGGGGACUAUGAAAAGGCUGGACUGUAUUACAUGGCAUCUGUCAAGGAAGUCAAUAAACCCCAUGAAUUCGUAUUUCCUUAUUAUGGAUUGGGGCAGGUGCAAUUGAAGUUGGGAGAUUUUAAAAGUGCAUUAUCAAAUUUUGAAAAGGUUUUAGAGGUUUACCCUGAUAAUUGUGAGACAUUGAAAGUUCUUGGGCACAUAUAUUUGCAACUUGGACAGACAGAGAAGGCACAGGAAUUUAUGAGAAAAGCUACGAAAAUUGAUCCACGUGAUGCUCAGGCAUUUCUUGACCUGGGAGAAUUAUUGAUUUCAUCUGACCCCUUAGCUGCUCUAGAUGCCCUAAAAACUGCUCGUAUGCUUUUGAAAAAGGGAGGUCAAGAAACACCAAUUGAAGUGCUCAACAAUCUUGGAGUUCUUCAUUUUGAAAGGGGGGAAUUUGAGCUUGCUCAACAAACUUUCAGGGAGGCAUUGGGUGACGGAAUAUGGCUUGCGUUCAUUGAUGGUAAAGAAAAAUCUCCACCUGUUGAUGCCAGCGCUUCCGUUCUCCAGUUCAAGGACACACAUUUCUUUCAGCAACUUGAGAAAGAAGGUCGUGUUGUCGACUUACCUUGGAAUAAAGUUACAGCACUAUUUAAUAUGGCAAGAUUACUUGAGCAAUUACAUAACUCUGAAACUGCAAGCACAUUGUACCGACUAAUCUUGUUCAAGUAUCCAGACUACAUAGAUGCUUAUCUGAGGCUUGCUGCUAUUGCAAAAACUCGAAACAAUAUUCAAUUGAGCAUUGAACUGGUCAAUGAUGCUCUGAAGGUUAAUGGAAAGUGCCCAAAUGUAUUAUCGAUGCUUGGAGACUUAGAAUUGAAGAAUGAUGAUUGGGUCAAGGCAAAAGAGACUUUGCGUGCUGCUAGUGAAGCGACAGAGGGGAAGGAUUCCUAUGAUACACUUUCUCUGGGAAACUGGAACUACUUUGCUGCGGUUCGUAAUGAGAAAAGAAAUCCUAAGUUGGAAGCCACACAUUUAGAAAAAGCUAAGGAACUUUACACUAAGGUUCUGGCUCAACAUUCUGCCAAUUUAUAUGCUGCCAAUGGUGCUGGAGUGGUAUAUGCAGAAAAGGGUCACUUUGAUGUUUCAAAAGAUAUUUUCACCCAGGUUCAAGAAGCUGCAAGUGGAAGCAUUUUUGUCCAGAUGCCUGAUGUCUGGAUAAAUAUAGCACAUGUUUAUUUUGCUCAGGGAAAUUUUUCGUUGGCCGUAAAAAUGUAUCAAAAUUGCCUGAGGAAGUUCUUCUAUAACACAGACUCUCAGAUUCUUCUCUAUUUAGCUCGUACUCACUAUGAAGCUGAACAGUGGCAAGACUGCAAAAAGACACUACUGAGAGCCAUUCAUUUGGCACCUUCAAAUUACGCACUGAGGUUUGAUGCGGGUGUUGUAAUGCAGAAGUUCUCUGCUUUGACACUACAAAAGGAAAAGAGAACGGCAGAUGAGGUCCGCUUAACAGUUUCAGAGCUUGGAAAUGCUGUUCGUGUAUUUAAACAGUUGUCUGCUUCUGCUGCUUCAAACCUUCACUUUUAUGGGUUUGAUGAAAAGAAAAUUGACACUCAUGUUGAGUACUGUAAGCACUUGCUUGAAGCUGCAAGAGUUCACUUAAAAAAUGCUGAACAUGAAGAGCAGAAGAAUCGGCAUAAACAAGAAGCUCUUCGGCAAAUGGCAUUGGCUGAGGAAGCUCGUCGCAAGGCUGAAGAACAAAGGAAAUUUCAGUUGGAAAGGAGAUUGCGAGAGGAUGAACUGAAGCAGGUGAGGCAGCAGGAGGAGCAUUUUGAGCGAGUAAAGGAGCAAUGGAAGAGCAGCACAUCUUCUAAGCGAAGGGAUAGGACAGAGGUCGAUGAUGAGGAGGGUGGUCAUAGUGAAAAGAAAAGGAGAAAGGGUGGAAAGAGGAGAAAGAAGGACAAGAGCUCAAGGUCACGUUAUGAAGCAGAUGACGCAGAAGCAGAGAUGGUGGAUGAUCAAGAAGAACCGGAAUAUGAUGACUCCAGAAUGAAUUAUGGGGAGCCCCCUGCUCAGAUAAAUGACCAUGAUGAUUAUACAGAAGAGAACGCUCACGAUCCUCUUGCAGCAGCAGGGCUAGAAGAUUCUGAUGCUGAGGAAGAGGUUGCACCUGAUUCGAAUGCAAUUCGGAGGAGACGGGCAUUUACCGAAUCCGAUGACGACGAGCAAUUAGAGAGGCUAGAGAUGCGGGGGAGCGAUGGUGAGAUCAAAGAAGAUGAUAAGGUGGGUGAAGAAGGUGAAAUUAACGACGAGGAUUGAGAUCCACCAUCUUGAACUGGGCAAGACCAGUAACAAACCUAUUCAAGGCGGAAGGCUUUCCUUGGGGAGCAGUUACAUUGUUAAUAGUUGCUAUUUUGUAUUAUUCAUUUAUUUGAGUAUACUCUUUUUUUGUACCUUGGACAAUCAUAUUUUAAUAGAAACAAAAUUCAUUUUAUA